AUGUUAAGAUUACAGACAAUAUUUGAUUGUACUGCAUGCUUUUUAUAUGCAAUGUAUUCAGCAACAGAAAAUGAAAAUUUACUAAAUAAUAAAAAUCCAACUGAUAUUUCAUUUAUCAAUGAAUUAUUAUGUUAUUUAUGGUCAUAUAAUAUUGCAUUUUGGUCUGGUGUUAUAUUAAGUGUUCAGAAUAUUGUAUGUAUUUCAAUUGAUCGAUUAAUAGCAGUUCUAUUCCCAAUUAUUUAUAAAACACAUCAAUUAUUAUUAAUUAUAAUAUUUAUUACUUAUCAAUUAGGCAUGAUAGGAUUAUUAUUUACACCAAUAAUAUUUUUUAGACGUUUCGAUAAUGAUACAUGUAUUUAUGUACCUGGACCAAAUGGUAUUGAUUCAUCAACAUACAUUGCUUUUCGUGGAUAUACAUGGUUAUCAUUUCAGUACAUAAUUCCAGUAUUGAUUAUUACAAUUAGUCAUCUUUCAAUUAUAAUAAAAUUAAAAAAGAGACAAUAUCAAUCUAAAACUCUUAGACCGAUUGAAGUUUCAUUACGGAAUAAAGGAUGUGAAUUGAAUGAACAAAAAAAGUUGAUUAAAUUAGUCCUUAUAACAGCAAUAAUGUCUGGUCAACAAGCUACAUUACAUUUAUAUGAAUCUAUACGUUAUUUUUUGACUAUGUUAAAUAUUGUAAUUUUUGGUUAUGGUACUAUUGGACAACAAAUGGGUCCAUUUUUAAUAGUAUUAAGUAGUUGUAUUAAUCCAUGUAUCAUAAUUGGAACAACAGUAUCAGUACGUAGACGAUUUUCACAUUAUCUGCAUGAAAUUUGGAUAAAAAUUAGACGGGGUUAA